UUUUGUUUACAUUAGUUCUCAUUUCAUUCGAUUAUAUUACAUUCCAUCAUAUUAAUUUCAACAUUUCUUGUUAUUAUUCGACUGGAAAAUGUCCAAAACAGCUUUGGUACUAGUUGCAUCGGGAUCAGAGGAGAUGGAAUUUGUUAUUGCUACAGAUAUAUUAUCAAGAGCAGGGAUUUUGGUUACAACGGCUGGCGUACCAGAUGGGUCUCUUUUGCAGUGUGGUAGAGGGGUGCGAGUAAAACCUGACAUAGGAAUUUGUGAAGCUAAGUUGAAAGGACCAUUCGAUAUCAUUGUUCUUCCUGGAGGUUUACAGGGUUCUCUAGCUUUUGGUGGAUCUACAGAUGUUGGUGAAAUGCUCAAAGAACAGGAAAAAUGUGGAGGGUGGAUUGCUGCAAUAUGUGCCGGUAAGGUCAUAGUCAACAGAUUUUGA